AUAACUCAGAGAUUCAGCACUAGUUAUUUUCUUCAUCAUUUGUUCCUCUGAACUCUCAUGAUCUUGAUCUGAUUGUCAUGUCCAGGUCAUGAUGAGCAUCUGAUCGUCUUCAGAGACACAAAGAUCUCAGUGUUGAGCUGUUCAUCUGCAGUAUGUCAGAGAAGAGAGGAAAGAUGAGUCUCUCACACAAACAGAGUGUAAGAUCAGGCUCACAUGUGUCCAGCUCUGUGUCUGUGAAGAGUGACUGGUCAAAACCUGAACCACCGGGAUUCAGCGAGAAAACACCAUCAGCUACUGAAAGUGUAAGAUCAGGAUCACAUGUGUCCAGCUCUGUGUCUGUGAAGAGUGACUGGUCAAAACAUGAUCCACCGGCGUUCAGUGAGGAAACACCAUCAGCUACUGAAAGUCUGCGUUAUGAGACAUUAGAUACAGACUUCCAGAUUAACAGGAACCGCAAGAAUUUCACAGACAAACUCCUAGGAAUCUUCCAGGAUCUUGAGGAGAAAAUAAUCACAUUUCUAAGAAAUGAACUGGACAUGUUUAAGAAAAUAUUACAAAAAGAGGACAAGCAGUAUUUUGUGAAGGACUUUAAUGAGAACAGAUGCAGUAUGAAAGAAGCAGCUCUUGAUCUCACGCUCUACUUCCUGAGAGAGAUGAAGCAAGAUGAAGCUGCUGAUACUCUAGAAAAUGAGCUGUUCUUCAUUCAUCAGCUAAAGUGUAGCCUAAAGAAGAAGUAUCAGUGUGUGUCUGAAGGAAUUGCAAAGCAAGGAGACUCUACACUUCUGAAGAACAUCUACACAGAUCUCUAUAUCACUCAGGGUUGUAGUGAACAGGUCAAUACUGAACAUGAGGUGAGACAGAUUGAAGUUGCUUCCAGACGUCAUGAAUCACAGGAGAUACAGGUUGAGUGCAAACAUUUGUUUGAAGCACCUGAACAAGACAAGCAGAUCAGAACUGUACUGACAAAAGGAGUUGCUGGCAUCGGAAAAUCAGUCUCUGUGCAGAAGUUUGUUCUGGAUUGGGCCGAAGGAAAAGAAAAUCAAGAUAUCAGCUUCAUAUUUCCUCUUCCAUUUAGAGAGAUGAACUUAAAGGAGCUAGAAAAACUGAGUUUGAUGGACCUCAUAACUCAGUUUUUCCCAGAGAUAAAAGGACUGAACCUUACGAGAAGAAAUCAAUUCAAAGUCUUGUUCAUUCUUGAUGGAUUGGAUGAAUGUCGUCUUCCUGUAAACUUUAAGGAUAAUGAGACGUGGUCUGAUGUUUCAUCACCAGUCUCUCUGGAUGUUCUCCUGACGAACCUCAUCAAGGGAAAUCUGCUUCCUUCUGCUCUCAUCUGGAUCAGGCUGAUGAUGCCUCCAAAACACUGCAGGAGUCAAAUACUGAAGACACUCCUAAGACUCUGA